UAGUUAAAUUAUGUAAGUUAAAUCAUAUAACUCAAAUAAUUUAAGACAUAAGAGUUAUUGGCAACAGCGGAAGUUUCAUUUUAACGGUUUUGUUUUAUCCUGAUAAAGUAAGUCUUCUGAAGUGGAAGCCCAAAUCAAUAUCUCGACGACUCAUCUUUUUAUUUUCAUAAUCUCAUCUUCUCAUCUCGUAUUGUCACCUAGAGCGUUGAAUGCACGGCCAUACCGAAGCGCGUGAGAAAAACUCCCAGAGUCAUAGCCAGCCAGCGACCACCACCUUCUCUUACCUUUGUUGAAAGAAAAUCGCAAGAAAGGAAAUCACAACGUAACUAAAGAAACAAAUCGGAGGCAUUAUUUGAAUCGCCAUGAGCGACCACCACCCACGGCUGCACCACCUUCGCUCCACAUCGCACCUAUUGAAGGAAUCUCUGUCAUCGUUCUCAUCCAAUUUCAUCACAUUCCUUUUCCUCUCUCUCCUAACCCUCUCCUUCCGAACCCUCGUCGAGACAGGCACCGCCCAUGUCACCUCCUUCAUCGACCGCGACCCUUCUCUCCGGGCCCUCCUCUCCCGCCUCGACCUCGCCGGAAACGCCCACCAUCACGGCCACGGCCACGGCCACGACCUCCCAUCCACAGCUGCCAACCACGCCCUCCGCCACCGACGCCGCCCCUUCCUCCACCUCACCCGCGUCGGAACCCUAGACGAUGACUUCUUCUCCGGCGACGAUGACGACGACCGGUCCCUCUUCGGCUCAAUCCCCAAAUCCCCCGCCAACGCCACCCUUCUCACUCUCUUCCCCUUCUCCCCCACCUCAGCCUUCUCCGAUCUCCUCGCCGACGACGGAGUUAGGGUUUCUCAAGUCAUCCGCUCUGGAACCACCUUCAAUACCCUGGGAUUGUCCUCCCUGUCGUCGCGAACGCCUCGCGACGACGAUAGCGGCGACAGCGAGGAGGAGAAGCGGGACGAGAACGCGGAGAGGAAGGAGGGCGUGGAUUUGCAGUUUUUCGUGAAGGGGAUCGAGGUGGGUCGUCGGGACGCGGCGGCGCUGUUUUUUCUGGUGAGUUUCCUCUCCGCCGCCUAUGGAUGGGUGAUUCUCGUUUUUCUCGUGACGUAUUCGUGGGUGUUGGGUGUUGUGUUCGUCUCCGUUGUGAAUGAUCUGUUGGGGAGGUUUAGCUCCGUUACGGUUUUGGUUUGGGAUGGUUCGAGGUUAGGUCUGAAGAGGCUUUCGGGGUUUAUUCUGAUGCGUUGGGCUGUGAGGGACGCGUUGACUCAGCUUCUGGGGUUGUGGUACUUCGGAGAAAUUGAGGAUCAGUACUCCUUUUUCAAGCUCUUUGUGAGGUUGAAAUUGAUGCCCUUCUCUGUUAUGUCUCCUUGGGUUAGGGGCUUUGAGAGAGAGAUUUCUGGGUUCUUGUUUACUUGGUUUCUGGUGGAUACUUUUGUUGCUUUUAUAUUCUCCGUGGAUGCUUGGGUUGCCAUUGUGGACUCAAGGAAGAGUGGGAGGGAGAUUGUGAAGGAAGGGUGCUAUUUGAUAUCUACUAUGUUCAACCAGGCUAUUCAGGUUAAGUGCUUGGAGGCUAUACUUUGUGGGUCCUUUGUCAGGUGGGGUUUGGGCCGGGUUUGCGGGAGGUCCUUCGCCAAGAUGUUUCAGUCCACCAUGGAGGUUUACUUCAUGGUUACUUGGCUUUUGUUUUACUUUGCGGCAAAGUGUAGGGACGCCGAUCUUCAUGGUAGGAGGUUUGGACAGAGGGAAUUAGAGGGCUUGGUUGAAGGUCUCAGAUGAUAUUUGAGGGUGGUUGAACUUGGAUGGAUGAAUGUGGUUUUUUCUUUCUUUUUUCUUAUUGUGAUGCACAAGUAGCAGCAGCAAUGUUUCAAAGGUUCUUUGUGUCUCCCACAUUUGCCGUCGCUGUUGCCACCAUUCUCUAGUUUUGUCACCAGCUAUGUGUCAAAUGUGUACUUCACCAAAAGGCUGAUUACUUCUCGUGUAUAUUCUGAAUGAGGGUAGUUCUUAUGUAUAUUAUUCAUGGAAUUGUUGAAUUAGUUCACUCAAAUAUGUGCUGGUGAUGAUAGUCACAAAUUACAGGGUUUGGGUAAUGAAGAAUGGUAAUGAUUUUUGUCCAUGCAA